UUGAUAUCAAACGUCUCUCUCUCUCUAUCUAUCUAUCUCUCUAUCUCUCUCCCUCACUCUCGCUCUCUUUUCCUAACUCUCUAUGUCUUUCCUUUUCUUUCUCAUUCUUUCUUUUUCUCUUACAUGCUCUCUCUCUCUCAUUUUAUGAGGAUCGAACUCAGAUGGACGAGUAACAACUCCCUAAUAAUGGCGACCACAAUGUCUUAUUCUCCCUUUUCAUUUCUAAACGUCGUGCGCCUCCACUCGAUCUUCAACUUUUCUCUUCUCGACUCUAAAUCUCUCUCACUCUCUUCUUUUCACUUACUCUCGUUCUUUCUUUCUUUCGUUCUUUCUUUCUUUCGUUCUUUCUUUCUUUCGUUCUUUCUUUCUUUCUCUUUCUCUUUCUCUCGCUUUCUUGUUCGUCGUAGUAAUCAACAUUUAAUAGUAUUAUUUAUUUACGGAAUUCAAGUUCUCUCCACGCCUCUCCGCCUCUCUCUCUCUCUCUCUCCCUCUGUUUUUCUCUCACCCCUCUCUCUCCGUCUCUCUGUUUUCUCUCUCUUCCCCUCUCCCUAUUUUCUCUUUAUCCCCCUCUCUGUUUUCUUUUCAUCCCCCUCUCUCCGUUUUCUUUCUCUUCCCCUCUCUCUUUCUGUUUUCCCUCUCUCCCCUUCUCUCCCUCCUCUCUCCCCCUCUCUGUUUUUUCACUCUCCCCCUCUCUCCUCCCCUCUCUCUGUUUUCUCUCUCCCCCUCUCUUCCUCUCUCUCUGUUUUCUCUCCCCAUCUCUCUCCUUUCUAUGUUUUUCUCUCUGUUUUUGUUUCUCUCUUUUUUUCUCUGUUUUCUUUCUAUCCCCCUCUUUGUUUUCUCUCUACCCCUCUCUCUUUCUCUCUUCGUUACUGUUGA